AUGAAAAAGGAAGAUACUAAUAGUAAAAUUCCAGGAGCAAAAACAUCAGCCCCGGCGGUACAAAACAAGAAGCAUACUAUAAGAGCAACAUCCUCGAAAGCUGCCACAGGCCCCGUCUGUGUGUUGGGCGGUGAGGAAUAUAGUGUUAACAAAGAAAAGGAGGUUAAAUUAGAAGAAAGUGGCACCAGAACUUCAGAUGCAGACAGAAACGCAACUGAAGCUCCAAUCUCAACGUCGGCGUCUGCGACAGUGACUAACAGUGGUAACAAGUCUUUUCGAAUUGUCACUAGAAGUAACGGCAACGAUGGUAAGAUCACUCGCACGACCGAUCUACCAACUACCACCAUCUUGGAGUCCUCGUCAUCGCUAGCAACAUUGCACUCGACGGAGGAUGUCACUGUUACGAUUCCCCCAUCCGCAAGCUCAACAGCACCACACCCAUCACUCAGAUCUACCUCUUGGGCUCAAGGGUCUUUGGUGGCGAGUGAGAUUGUAGAUGUUUGA